GGGAAUGUAAGGGACUAGAAUCACGCACGACUAAAGCAAUUCUUAACUGCAAAGGAUUUUAACUGCAAGUAUCUGCACAUAAUCUUCAGAAAUGCCAGAGCAAAGCAAUGAUUACAGGGUGGUUGUGUUUGGAGCUGCAGGAGUUGGGAAAAGUUCCUUAGUCCUGCGCUUUGUUAGAGGGACUUUCAGAGAAACAUACAUUCCAACAGUUGAAGAUACAUACAGGCAGGUAAUCAGCUGUGAUAAAAAUAUCUGUACACUUCAAAUCACGGACACCACAGGGAGUCAUCAGUUCCCUGCAAUGCAGAGGCUGUCCAUUUCCAAAGGGCAUGCCUUCAUUCUGGUAUACUCUGUGACCAGCAAACAAUCCAUGGAGGAACUGCAGCCCAUCUAUGAGCAGAUCUGUCAAAUCAAAGGGAACAUUCAGAACAUCCCCAUUAUGUUAGUGGGAAAUAAGAGGGAUGAGACUCAGAGGGAAGUGGAAGCCACUGAAGGAGAAGCUCUGGCCACAAAGUGGAUGUGUUCUUUUAUGGAGACCUCUGCCAAACUCAACUACAAUGUGCAGGAACUUUUCCAAGAGUUGCUUAAUUUGGAAAAGAGGAGACCGGUGAGCCUCCAAGUGGAUGGAAAGAAAUCCAAACAGCAAAAGAGAAAAGAUAAACUGAAAGGAAAGUGCUCUCUAAUGUGAAAUGCAAGUUAUUUAAAUCAUAUCUACUGCAACCAGGCAUGGAUUUCAUAGACAUCCUGUGCAAAGGGGGCCAUUUUUACACAGAAUGACUCAUUUCCUAACAAUCCAUAAGACAGACCAAACUAGUAUUAAAUCAGUUGUACUCUUAAUGAAUCACAAUUAAUGCAAUCCAUCCGGUGGUUUAUUAGUUUAGGUUGUUGGUUGGAAAAGACAUGCUUCUUGCAAUUUCAAAUUUAA